AUCUAAGCCAAGAUGCACAGAAGGAAUGAAAAUUCGUCAUCCAGUACGCUUUUCUCGUGGAUCCAAACAUACAUGUUUUGCACUGGAAGUUUGCUUUAACUUUUGUAUUUAAUAUCAAAACUCUAUUACAAACAGCAAAUAUACAAGUUGCUAUUUAAGGAGAUCAUAUUUUUGACGUUGUUUAAUCACUACGUUGCCAAAUGUUUGUAUGGUGUUAAGGUUAUGGUGGGUAGUCAGUAAAGAAAUUUGCGGAACCAAUCCUACACAGUUAAAAAAUGGAGGAGUGUUUACGGUUAAACACGAAAAGUGAUAUAAGUGGAGAAGAUAUCCAAAUAACUCUAAAUGUUCUUAAGAACCAUAUAAAUGAGUAUGAGGUAAAAAAAUGCAUGAUUUCUAAGGAGGACGUAACGAGAAGCCAGAGAAUCGAAGAAUUGGUUACGAAAGAGAAGCGUUUAUCCCAACAAUUUCAUCAGAUCAGAAGGGAAAUAAGACGCUAUGAAAGAAGGUAUGAGAAAAUAUUAAAGAAAAAGGUGAAACUGAUGAGUAUGCAGAUUAAGGAUGAUUUGUAUAGGUUGAAUACCCUAAAAGAAAAAUAUCAGGAGCUGAAUGAACAAUUAAACAAGAGUUACCAUGAGACUAAUAAAGAAACGAAGGAACAUACAAAGAAACGAUGUAAAGUACGGAAGAUAAAGAAAGGAUUGCGUAUGUUUAAGCAAAAGAUUGUACCAUUCAGUAGGAAAAUAAAAAUAAAAAUUAAACAAAAUAAAAAACUAGGUAGAAGAGAAAUGCUUUUCGUCAAUGACAGUAAUACGCAGCAAUCGAAACAAAAUAAAAAACUAGGUAGAAGAGAAAUGCUUUUCGACAAUGACAGUAAUACGCAGCAAUCGAAACAAAAUAAAAAACUAAGUAGAAGAGAAAUGCUUUUCGUCAAUGACAGUAAUACGCAGCAAUCGUUUACCAAGGUAGUAAAUGUUCCGAAAUCGAAUCGGUUAAAUACACGAGAGUGUAAAGUUGUGCUGAAGAAAUUAUCGGAGGAGCGAAUAAAUAAAAUCAUUGGACAAGGAGAGAAUCAACACAAAAACAAGCAAACGUCGGUGAAUUCCUCCCAAAAGAAUAACGAAAGUGAAACAACGGACAAACCGAAUUGGCAUAUAAAAAUUCCAAAAUCGGUGUUCGAAGAAAUUCAAAAAGAAGAUCGUGGUACCGUUCUAAACGAUAAUAUCUCCUACUAAGAAUAUUACAUCGCAACAAAUGCAAAGUAAUGGGAACUAAUCAUCAAUGAAACCUGCGUUACGUAGUCAUUACAAGAUACAUUAUUAUUUUUAUUUAUUCUCACUUACUUUCUUUAUCAGAUAAGUAUACUUGUUACGAAAGAUCCGUCCUGUAUUGAUUUCAGUUUUGUAGCGACAUCGCUGCGAUUUUACCGGUCGGGUCUGUUUGUUUCGUAAUAAUUUAUGUUAAUGACGAUAUAUACGAUAUAAAAUGAUUUAUCAUUGAUAAGAUUUUAGAGUACAAGAUACAUAAUGUGUUCAGUUGGUUUUUCAGAUGAAAUGUUCAAUUGUACGAAAUACUACUUGAUGGUAUUAAAUAUCUGCACUGAAAUGUAGAUUUUACAUGCACAUAAUACCAUCUAAUGAAAUUUAUUAUUUGACAUUCGUAAAUGAACAUCAGCAUCUAUAUAAACGAAUAAAAUAAUUUUAAGAUAAAUAUUUCAAGAUAUUAUGUUCUUGAAACAGUACUUCAAAUUAUUGUACUGAUCUUGUGUUACUCAACAUUUUCUUUGAUAAUUUUAUAUAUCAUAAUUUAUGAAUACAGGUAGAAAAACAACAAAGAACUUGUAUCUGCUCCUAAUUACAACUGAACAAAUGAAUUACAUGCACGCAAGCUUUUUAAUAAUACAAUAUGAAGAUAAACACUUAUUGAAAAGGGUAGCAGUGUUUACAUAUAUUUGUCAACAUAAUGAUACAUUCGCAUAAGUGUUCUUAUACCUACAUAAUAAUACAAUAGAGAGGAUUUUCAAGUGAACACUGAACAAUGUUAUUUCUGGAUUUAAGAUAUUUUUAAAUAAUUGCCGUACACUGGUACUAAGGAUCAUUUUUACAUUAAGCUAUACAUUAAUAGUAUUAAAACGAUACGUGCUAAUAAAUUAUUCAACGAAACUGUACAGUGCCAUUUCGCUAUGCGAGAACAGGGAAAAAAGGAAAAAUCAAAUGAAUCUCAGGUCACACUAUAGUGAUGAUUGAAGAAUACUUGAUAAAAAGGCAGUAUUAUUCACUCAAAAGAGUUGCUGGAAAACGUGAAGAAAACGACAGAUCUAACGAUUCUCUUUUCCUUUCCCGUUUGGUAUUCUUUGCAAAUGCGAUGAAACGUAUCGUUUGAUUUAUUUAGCACGAUUCGUGCCAAUGUAAUAAGUGUAAAAAUUUUGAUCAUACGGCUGUACAAAAACUACUAUAAUAGAAAUCUUCUCUUGUCAUGUCCUCAAGGAAGACAGUAGAUCUACAGGAUGAUACUAGAAAUUGGUUUCGAGCUAGCUUCAACCCUUGAACCACAGAUGAUCCAGAUCUAUGAAACUUGUACAUAGUGGUGCUUAGACUAAAAUUCGGCAUUCAAGUUGUUAAAUAAAACACUUUGAAAUGUUUAAAAA